AUGAUCACAAGGGAAUAUGUCACUUUACUUUUGGUGGGCUCCUGUUUCCUGUUGGACUACAGCUCCCAAAUCCCUCUGCAGGCUCAGCUGCAGAGCAGAACUAAGGGUGGGGUGCUGUCAGCCAGGGGAGGGACAGGAAGUAAGAGUUCAAGGACAUCUUUGGGGGAAGUGAUAUCGUUUGAGGGCAGGAUGAGGCAAAGAAGACACGGAAGGUCGAGGGUUCACAGAAUUAAAAGAGGAUGGGUGUGGAACCAGUUCUUUGUCCUGGAGGAGUACAUGGGCUCUGAACCACAGUAUGUUGGAAAGCUCCACUCAGACAUGGACCAUGGAGACAGCGCUGUGAAGUACACUCUGACAGGAGAAGGAGCUGGAACCAUUUUUACCAUUGAUCAAAUUACGGGUGAUAUUCACGCAUUGGUGGGACUUGACAGGGAGGAAAAGUCCUUCUACACCCUGAGGGCCCAGGCUGUGGACAUCGACACAGGUUUUCCUCUGGAGCCGGAGUCUGAGUUCAUCAUCAAGGUGCAGGACAUCAAUGACAAUGAACCACGGUUUCUAGAUGGACCCUACAGCGCCAAUGUCCCUGAGAUGUCUCCAACAGGAACCUAUGUGACACAGGUGACCGCGACUGAUGCAGAUGACCCCACAUAUGGCAACAGCGCACGGAUCGUCUACAGCAUUCUUCACGGCCAACCAUACUUCUCUGUGGACCCAAAGACAGGAGUGAUCAGGACAGCUCUAGCCAAUAUGGACCGGGAGGUGAAAGAAGAGUACCAGGUUCUCGUCCAGGCCAAGGACAUGGGAGGUCAGCUGGGGGGGCUGGCUUCCACCACCACCAUCAACAUAACCCUCAGCGAUGUCAAUGACAACCCGCCACGCUUCGCCAAGAGUAUUUUUCACCUUCGGGUGCCAGAGUCGGCGUCAGUGGGUUCCGCAGUGGGUCGGAUUCGAGCUCACGAUCUGGAUGCUGGCAACAACGCAGAGGUGGAUUAUUCCAUUGUUCCAGGAGAUGAAGGCAACAUGUUUGACAUCAUCUCUAAUCACCAAAGUCAAGAGGGAGUCGUCGUUUUGAAAAAGACGCUCGACUACGAAACCAAAAAGUCAUACAUCUUCAAGGUGGAAGCAUCCAAUGCGCAGCUGGAUCCCCGUUUCCUGCACCUGGGGCCCUUUAAGGACUCUGCUACGGUCAAGGUGAGCGUCCUGGAUGUGGACGAGCCUCCCGUCUUCACCAGACCCUCCUACUCUAUGGACGUAUAUGAAGACACCCCUCCUGGAACCAUCAUCGGCUCUGUGACGGCUCACGACCUGGACGCCAGCAGCAGCGCCGUCAGGUAUUCGUUAGAAUGGCAGACAGAGGCUGACAGCUGUUUUGACAUCGACACCGUUGAGGGAACCAUCUCCACUAAUGAAUACCUGGACAGAGAGGCGGCUGUUCAGCACAAUAUCACUCUGGUGGCAACUAAAGUCAACAACCCUCUGCUGUCCACCAAAGUGUCCGUGACCGUCAACGUGCUGGAUGUGAACGAGUUCCCUCCUGAGCUGGCGGCUCCGUCAGACAUGUUCGUCUGUGAGAACUCCAGAGUUGGACAGGUGAUCCAGACAGUCAGCGCUGUGGACAAAGACCUUCCUCCUGUUGGCCAGAGGUUCUUCUUCAAGUCUCCCAAAGAGCUCCGCAACAGAAACUUCACUGUUCGAGAUUUUGGAAACAACACUGCCGGCAUAGUGACACGGCGCUCUGGCUUCCAGCGGCGGCUGCAGGAAUUCUACGUUCUUCCCGUGGUAGUUGAAGACAGUGGUUAUCCCGCUCAGAGCAGCACGGCCACCCUCACCAUCCGAGUGUGUUCCUGCGAGGCGGGAGGCUCUCUACUCACCUGCUCUGCCGAGGCCAUCUUCCUGCCCGUUGGUCUCAGCACUGGAGCUCUGAUGGCUAUUCUGAUCUGUGUGGCUCUGCUGAUAGUCAUGGCUGCAUUAUACAUGAGCCAGAGACGCCACAAAGAGAAAGAGACUCUGAUGACGUCCAAAGAGGACAUCCGUGAUAACGUCAUCCACUAUGACGAUGAAGGUGGUGGCGAGGAGGACACCCACGCCUUCGACAUGGGCACUCUGCGUAACACCCACUCUCAGCGCACCAGCACUUACAGCAGCACCUCCAAGAAGGAGAAAAACGGCUACGGCGACGGUGUUCUGUUGCACCUCAACAGUCGCUGCGACAACGUCAGAUCACCUGACAUACAUCGUCAAACGGCCGACGUCAUCGCCGCCGUGAACAAAGAGCUACCGCCCGAUCACCGUCCCAGAGUGACCGAGGGCGACGCCGAAGUGAUCAGGGAGUUCAUCGAGCAGCGGCUGGAGGAGAGCCAGCAGGGUUACGCGGUGCCGCCGUAUGAUUCGCUGGCCACCUACGCCUAUGAGGGCGACGGCUCGGUGGCCGGCUCGCUCAGCUCUAUAGAGGAAUCAUGGGUCAUUGACAGUACAGGGGAUUUCAGCUCCCUCGGAGACUGGGGACAGCCGUUCAAAACACUGGCUAGCAUCCUUGACAGACAGCCGCCUUCUCUGCCUGAGCAGAGCUGA